GCCCCGGGACGCGCGCCGCCGGGCCAGGCCGCGCCAUCUGAGGUGAUAUGAAAAAUGAAGCCAAUAAGCACAGACCCAAGAAUCUUAUCUCUAGCAGCUGAAGUGGCAAAAAGCCCUGAGCAAAAUGUCCCGGUUAUAUUGUUGAAGUUAAAAGAAAUAAUAAACAAUACACCUUUAGGAAGUUCAGAGUUGAAGAAAAUAAAACAAGAUAUAUAUUGUUAUGACCUCAUUCAGUAUUGCCUCUUGGUCCUCAGUCAAGAUUGUUCUCGAAUCCAGGGUGGUUGGACUACAAUUUCCCAGCUUACACAGAUAUUAAGUCAUUGCUGUGUUGGUCUAGAGCCAGGGGAAGAUGCUGAAGAAUUUUACAAUGAAUUACUUCCAUCAGCUGCAGAGAAUUUUCUGGUGUUGGGGAGAAGGUUGCAAACAUGUUUCAUUAAUGCUCAGGAUCAAGGAAAAGAUGAAUUACUACACUUUUUUCAAGUUGUUACUGAUUCUCUCUUUUGGCUUUUGGAAGGCCAUGUUCAACUCAUCCAAAAUGUAUUACAAAGUGAUCAUUUCUUGCACUUACUUCAAACUGACAAUGUUCAAAUAGGAUCUACGGUCUUGUCUACACUACAGAACAUACUACAGAUCAACAGUGGUGAUUUACUCAGAAUAGAAGAAAAAACCUUGCAUUCAAUUUUAGAUGAAAUUGUUUUCAAGCUUUUGUCAACUCCUAGUCCAGUCAUAAGAAGUACUGCUACGAAGCUUCUACUAUUGAUGGCUGAAUCUCAUCAGGAAAUUUUGAUUUUACUGAGACUAAGUACCUGCUACGAAGGACUCAGAAGUCUACUAAAUAAACAGGCACCUGGAACAGAGUUUAUUCAAGAACUUCGACAACUCAUUGGCCUUUUAAGCCCUAAGGGCUAUGAGGAACUACAAGAGCAGAAACUACAUCAGGCAGCUUGCUUGAUCCAAGCCUAUUGGAAGGGUUUCCAAACUAGAAAGAGAUUAAAGAAGCUUCCUUCUGCGGUGAUUACUUUGCAGAGGCGUUUCAGAUUUAAACGAACAAAGAUGUUACUGAAAUUAAAUAGACAGAAGGAAGAAGAAGAUCGCAGAUUACAAUUGCAUCUUCAAAAGCAGAGAGCCAUGAGAAUUUCUCGAGAAUUGCGUUUGAGUAUGCUCGAAAUAGUUCAUCCAGGUCAGGUGGAAAAACAUAAUCGGGAAAUAGAAGAAAAAUCAGCAUUGAUUAUCCAGAAACAUUGGCGGGGCUACAGAGAAAGGAAAAAUUUUCAUCAACAGAAGCAAUCUCUCAUGGAGUAUAAAGCAGCUGUCACACUUCAGAGAGCAGCUCUUAAAUUCCUAGCAAAGUGUCAUCAGAAAAAGAAACUGUUUGCUCUUUGGCAAGGACUAACAGAACUCACCGAUGCACGAAGAGUUGAAUUGAAGCAACAAGUGGAUGACUAUAUCAAAAGGCAUUCAGGCUCUCAGAUGUCAGAUAUGACCAGCAGAGAGCUCCAUUCCCAAGCUCAAGAACGCCUGCAACACUACUUUAUGGGCAGAGCCCUAGAAGAAAGAGCCCAGCUUCACAGAAAGGCUCUAAUGGUUCAGAUCAGCACCAACAUUGAACAGUUAAUGAAGGCACCUAGUCUGAAAGAGGCCAAAGGGAAAGAGCCUGAACUUUUCCUGAGUCGAUCCAGGCCUGUGGCGGCCAAAGCAAAGCAAGCCCAUCUCACUGCCUUGAAGCAUAUACAAGCACCUUGGUGGAAGAAACUUGGAGAAGAAGCAGGAGAUGACAUCAGCGUCCCAAAAGAUGAACUUAGUCUAGAAUUAGGAUCGUUAUUCAUUGGUGGAACCAAACCCCCUUAGGCAGUUCCCCAAGAAAUGCAUUCUACCUCUAACAAACUACUAGACUAGCGCUGCUGUCCUAACUUUUAGUUUUGUAGCUUUUUCUUCGCAAAUAAGACUGACUUACUGGCAGUAAGCAGAGUUAUUUUCUACCUCUAUCUCAAUUGUCCUUCUCUUUAAUCUGCUUUAUAUUCCUGGCCUCUGUGACUUUUGGUAUGAAAUUAAUCUCAGCAUGGUAUUCUGUUGCUAAUUUGAAAUGUGGUACUUCUUUUGUUGUUUUCCAA